GCCGCGCUUGAGGCGGGCGCCAAGGACGAUGCCACCGCGCGCCUUGAGGCGGUCGCUGGGGAGAAAGCACGGUUCCUGAAACUUCUCCAGGUCAAGGAGGCGGAGGUGGCGUCCAUAUCCAACAAGGUCGCGAGCCUGUCGGCCAUGAUGGCCGAGUUGGAGGGCAACAAUUCCGAGCUAUUGAGUCAGAAUGGCGAACUCAUAAAGCAAUUGGAGGAGACAAAGGAGGCGGUUCGGGUGGUCUCCUGCCAGAAGGCAGAGGUGGAGAGAAGCUUCCAGGAAUUCAAGAAAGAAUCUGAGGCGUUCCGGGUGGAAAUGGAGGGGAAGUUGAAGGUGAAGGUGGAGGAACUGAAGGUGCUGGGAUCCAAGAAGGCGGAGAUGGAUGCAAGGGUGGCCUCUUUGGAAACAGAGCUCGCAUUGUCUGUGACUAAGACAGGGGGGUUAGAGGCUGAAGUAAUGGCAAAGAAGAGGGAGCUUGAUUUGUUGAAGGGCAAAAGUGAUAAGCUCCAAUCAGAGGUUGCUGAAGCAGAGAGGAAACACAGCAUGUCUGCAGAAGAGGUUGAGAGGCUCAGGAUGGAAUUGGGUGUGUUGGUGAAGGCAAAGGAGGUUGCUUCCAAGGCAUUUGAUGCUGAGAAGACUGAAAUCAUGAAGGAAUUGGAGAGCCUCAAGAGGAAGGUGGAGGAAAUCCAGGCUGACAAGGAGGCGGCCGAGGGGGUGACACGUGAGAAGGAUGCUCAGACCGUUAAGUUGAGGGCUGAGUUGGAGGAGCUCCAUGUUUCCAUGUCACAGCUCCAAACAUCAUGUGAUGAACUUGAUACCAAGCAUUCACGCCUGCAGAGCGAGAAGAAUUCAGUUCAGAAAGCACUGGAUGCUGAGAAGGCUGAAGCAGGGAAGCUGAUGUCUAAAAUCAAGGCACUGGAGAACUGCAAUGGUAAAAUGGACGGCGAGAUUGGAGAGUUGAGGAUUGCAUUGAAGGAAAAGAAUGGGAAGAUCGAAGCCCUUACCAGUGAGGCUGAGGAGCUGCAGCUCACAGUGACUGAAGCGCAGAAGAAGAACAAGGGUGGUAUCUGGGUGUGGGUGUAUGCCGCCACCACCACCAUGGUGGCCGCAAUCUCCCUGAUCUAUGCUGCCAGGGGCCAUUGAAGGAGUGCACUUUUCUUUUUCUUUUUUCUAUGUUGAUCCUCUAUUUGCAUGUUAGUAUGCCACUCGAAAUGGUCAGGUUGCUAUCUUAGCUGCAUCACAUAUGAUGAAUCGGCUGGUACUAUGGAAUGAAAUCAAAUUUUUGCUUGCA